CGCCUGACGCGCAGUUCCGCACUCGGAGAGUGAGACCACUUGAAUCCACUCCGACUGUCCGUUUUCGCUCGACCGGCCAUGCUCCGUGCCGUAUCGAAGGCUGCCCUAAGGGCCACCAAGUCGUCCCUCCUGCAAAAUGAAGUAGCAAAGGUAUCGGUGGCCCUCGCUGUCAACAAGCGAGACUAUGCAGCUAAAGCUGCAACUGCAGCCAAAGGUGGCACACAAGGGAAAGUAGUAGCUGUCAUUGGUGCCGUCGUUGACGUACAGUUCGAAGAUGCUCUUCCACCUAUCCUUAAUGCCUUGGAGGUACAAAACCGCACUCCCAGGCUGGUGCUUGAAGUUGCCCAGCAUCUUGGAGAAAACACAGUACGCACCAUUGCUAUGGAUGGUACGGAAGGUCUGGUGCGUGGACAAAACGUAUUCGAUUCUGGAUUUCCCAUUCGUAUUCCCGUGGGAGCUGAGACCCUAGGCCGCAUCAUCAAUGUUAUUGGUGAACCUAUCGACGAGCGUGGGCCCAUCUCUACGGACAAACUCGCCGCAAUUCACGCAGAUGCUCCUGAAUUCGUCGACAUGUCCGUCGAGCAGGAGAUUCUGGUGACAGGCAUCAAAGUCGUGGAUCUGCUGGCUCCUUACGCCAAGGGUGGAAAGAUCGGUCUGUUUGGUGGUGCUGGAGUCGGCAAGACCGUACUCAUCAUGGAACUGAUCAACAACGUGGCCAAGGCCCAUGGUGGUUACUCGGUGUUCGCCGGCGUGGGUGAGAGAACACGUGAAGGCAACGAUCUUUAUCACGAGAUGAUCGAGUCCGGAGUCAUCUCGCUCAAGGACAAGACCUCUAAGGUAGCGCUGGUGUACGGACAAAUGAACGAGCCGCCAGGCGCCCGUGCUCGAGUAGCUCUCACUGGACUCACCGUCGCCGAGUACUUCCGUGACCAGGAGGGUCAGGAUGUGCUGCUGUUCAUCGAUAACAUCUUCAGAUUUACUCAGGCCGGUUCCGAGGUAUCCGCCUUGCUGGGUCGUAUCCCAUCCGCUGUAGGUUACCAACCCACACUGGCCACGGACAUGGGUACCAUGCAGGAACGCAUUACCACCACGAAGAAGGGAUCCAUCACUUCUGUACAAGCUAUCUAUGUGCCUGCUGACGACUUAACAGAUCCCGCCCCCGCUACCACCUUCGCUCACUUGGACGCUACCACCGUGUUAUCACGUGCCAUUGCCGAGCUGGGUAUCUACCCGGCUGUCGAUCCUCUGGAUUCGACGUCCCGUAUCAUGGACCCGAACAUCAUCGGUGGGGAACACUACAACAUCGCUCGUGGCGUACAGAAGAUCCUCCAGGAUUACAAAUCGCUCCAGGAUAUCAUUGCCAUUCUGGGUAUGGACGAGUUGUCGGAGGAGGACAAGCUGACGGUCGCUCGUGCACGUAAAAUCCAAAGGUUCUUGUCGCAACCAUUCCAGGUCGCUGAAGUGUUCACCGGUCACGCCGGUAAAUUAGUACCGUUACAGGAAACCAUCAAAGGAUUCCAGAAAAUCUUAUCCGGAGAAUUGGAUCACUUGCCGGAAGUAGCAUUCUACAUGGUCGGCCCGAUCGAGGAAGUAGUAGCGAAAGCAGAAUCGUUGGCCAAACAAUAAAUUAACUUAAAAGUCAUCGUAAAAGCGUUAUUAAGAGUUUAUUCAAUUGUCAUCCGCUCGCAGAAAGCGAUCUUUCGAUGAAACUUGCAUUCUCACUCUUUGAUUUUUAUCGUAGUACUCGAAUCAAACUUGAGUAAUUCGGUUAGUGACGGUACUAAAGCGAUUGAAACAAGAAGUUUCGCGUUAAAUACUAUUAUUUCUCAACAUAAAAUUUCAUGUAUAGCAAUCUAAUCGCAAUACUGCCAGAGCUUGCUGUGCAACUUGAAAGGUCGCUUUAACAUUUUUUUUUUUCACGAAAAAAAUUUAUUGACAACUGCGAGGAAAUCAGAAAGGCACAGAUGCAUCCAGUCACGAUGUGUCACGUUAGCAUGCGUUACCGCUAGACCUUUUUCCAUCAGAUCUAGAAUGGUCUAAUUGAAUCUAAUCGGUAAUUGUGUUAUUGCUAAUCAUAUACCACAGAGUCACAGUGUAUAUGUUUAGACACAUUAAUAAAGUUUUACAGAAACG